GUUUUAUUAUUUAACAUAUUCAUUAGGCAAUGGGCUAAACUAGCCCUCAAAGUUUUACUUGAGCUUAACUCUACAAUACUUAGGCUGUUUACUGAGUCUACAAAAUAAUUAUUAGGCUACAUGAGCUUACACCUCCAAAACACUAAGAACAAGUGCAUUUAGAUUUUAAUUUAAUCUACUUUACAAUACAUACUUUGGUUAGGUGCACACUACAAUUGUCAUAACUUGUUGUUUCAUUAAAUGUAUUAUCAGAAAUUGUUUCUUGAUUAGAAAUAUAUCGUGGCUGUGAUAGUAACAUGUUAUAUUCUCGUCUGCUGUACGGUUUCUGUGGGAGAGGGAAUCCCUAUCCAAACGUCAUUACCAAGGAUACCAAACAAAAACAUAACCCCAUAAAUGGGCACGUACGUCAGCGGAACUCCUAGGCGGGACUUCGUAUCCUUUACAAUGCUUCUCUCGUACUCCAUGGAUUCAUUCAUAAGACAAGACUCGCUUCUGUGGACUGUGACUCUAUAUCGCUGAUCAGUUUACACAUAGUGGACUUUUACAUGGAUCUAUCAUUGCACAUUGUAAAAAGGGGACAAAGGACAUAUUUUAGCGGAUUCUGAAUCGGAUCGAUGAGUUUUUUUAAAUCCGAAACGUAAGGACUGUUUCCAUAGCAGCGAACUGGAUUUCCUUCUUCAUGCAACUUUUUUGGAAAGAUACCAAUAGCAUCUUACCGGAGCACAAUAAGGAACAUAUUAACGCAGGUGACAUCACACUCACUCCGGGAACUGUAGGUUUCUCUCUCGGCUCCGCCCGGGAAAUGUUCCAAGGAUUCCCCGGUGACUUUGAUUCCGUCUCUCGUGGAAGUUCGUCCCCGUCUAUUGAGUCUCAGUACUUUUCCUCCGUGGACUCCUUCGGGAGCCCGCCGGCCAGUGCCUCACAGGAUUGUGUGUCUGCUGGAGGCGGGGUAGGGGUAAGCAGUGGUUCCGGGGGCAGCAGUGGAGGAGUGGAUAUGCCAGGCUCCUUUGUGCCCACAGUCACAGCCAUCACCAGCAGCCAGGACCUGCAGUGGAUGGUGCAGCCAACUCUCAUCUCGUCCCAGGCCUCUGGGCAGAGUGGGAUGGGGACCUCUACUAUGACCCAGUCUGUGUCUCUGGUAGACCCUUAUGAUCUGCCAGGGCCCAGUUAUUCCUCUGGCUCAGGUUUUACUCCCGCAGGCUCUGAUACCCCGGGGCCAGGCCCAGCCCCGGGCCCCAUCCGUCAGUCCAGGACCCGUAGCCGCCGUGUACGAGACGAGUCUGUGAGUGACGAUGGAGAUGUUGGUGUGUUUUUGACUCCAGAGGAGCAGGAGAAGAGGCGUGUUCGACGCGAGAGGAACAAGCUGGCAGCCGCCAAAUGCCGAAACCGCCGGCGCGAACUCACUGACAGACUGCAGGGGGAGACUGACAUCCUGGAGGAGGAGAAGUCUGAGCUGGAGGCUGAGAUCUCUGAGCUGCAGAAGGAGAAGGAGCGCCUGGAGUUUGUCCUUGUGGCUCACCAGCCCAGCUGCAAGAUCCCCUACCAGGAGCAGCAGGCCUCUGGCUCCACACAGCUCCAGCAUCAGCCCCUACUGCCCCAACAGGCUCCCGUCUCCAUCGUGGGCUUGACUGUGGAGGACACUUUCUACCUGCCUCCCGCCUACACCUCGCAGCCCUCCACUUCACAGCAGCAGCAGCAGCAGCAGCAGCAGCAGCAGCAGCAGCAACAACAACAGCAGCAACAACAGGUUCAACAGCAGCCGGGGAUGAUGCAGGAGGUAGCGUUUUCUAGUUCUUUCUAUGGCUCAAGCGAGCCUGCGCCGGGUGGGCCGUGCCUGGUGGCCGACGGUGGGGGUGGUGGUCACAAUGAUGGCGCGGCCGCUGGCAGCUACAACCCUUCAUACACAUCUUCAUUUGUGUUCAGCUACCCAGAGGGAGCCUGCGGGGUCAGCGCUAACCAGAGAAACAGCAGCAGCGAGCAGUCCUCUGAUUCCCUGAACUCGCCCUCGCUGCUCGCUCUCUGACUGACCGACAGACACACACACCACACGCACGCACACACACCCCCCUGUGUCAAUCACUUACAUACGGCAGAAACCAGUUGCUCAUGAUAGACGAAGUCAACAACAUGGAUAACAUACAUUAUAUGAUGAUCCAUACAAACUCACACACAUUCAGACCUGAAAAAACAUGAAAUCAAACCAAGUUUGACCACAUAGCAUUUGGUGCAUAUAAGCCACUGUUGUCCUUAUGAGAAAACUAAACGUACCUAACCAAGUAUUUAAAGUGAAUUCAAAUUGAGUCUAAAACUCUGGGCUCUGAGUUGUCAGUCGAUCUCUGAAAGAUCCUCUGACAUCAUACCCAGCUUAAUUCACAAUGAAUCUUUCAACGUCUUGUGACGUGCACGUGCAGUGCAUACAGUAAAUAGCAACAUGCUCACCUGCGAUCCCACAAGCACACUUAUCCUCCCCUUUGUUCCCUCUGUCGGUCAUCCCUCUCUCACUGCUCCUGCUCUCAUCUUUUUCAUCCCUCUCUUCAUGCUGAAUGUAUUUGUGCAAGCAGAAAUAGGGAAGAAGGACUAAGGUUUGGGUCUUUUUUUGUGAGGCCAGACUGCUGAGCUCUUGCUCUCCCCUCCCGCCUUCCUCAUCCUCUCGGUUCCUCUUGCUUCUUCGUCAUUAGUUGUGACUUGGGAAGGGAAGGGCGUCACAGCCUCCAGCUAUCUGGCUCUUUCUCUUUUUAUCCUGCCGUCUACUCUUCGUCCAUCUCUCCAUCUUUGUUUCUCUCCUCUGUGUGUCUCUCUCUGUCUCUUUGAAGUCUUCGAACCCUGAGAGCACGCCGAGCCCUUCCAGCCCCUGGGACCUAGACUGAGCGCCGGCCCACCUCACACGUCCCACACGGACGCGGACGCACCCCCAACUGAGGAGCCCUGGAGUAUUUCGCUCAAAGCAGACAAAAGCAAAAACAAAAACACACACACACACUGAAAAUACACCAAAUUUGAUGGACACAAAUGUAAAAGAGUUGUCACUCUUUUCUUUCUUCUCCUGAGCCAUUGUUGGAUGUUGAAACGAUGGAGAUGAAAUGAGACUUGUGUUGUGACUGUGAGAUAAAGAUGGCGGGAGAAUGAAAGGAGAGGCUUUAGCCGAGGUAGAGGUCUAGAGGGAGAGCUGAAACUUUGGCAGAGAGAGAGGAUGAGCCCCCUGUACUCGUAAGCCUGAAUUGAAUUGAAACAAUCCCAAAAAAUCCUGCUUUUGCCAAUUGUAUGGAUGGGUUACCUCUUACCUGCAGAGUACCACCGCCAUACUUCAAGCAUCUGGAUUGUCCUCCAUUUGUUACUGAUACUAUUUUGUAUAAUGUUCUUCACCCUCCUUUAUCACCAAGUAUUUUCUGUGGUUGUUUUUAAGUCUUACCUUUGACAGAGAAAAUAUCAUGGUGAGAAAAAAAACAUUGAGAGAGGAAUGUACUUUUGGUAAAGAGCUUUUGUCAGAGAUGAGUCUGUUGGUAACCAAUAUGUUUUAAAAAAUAUGACUUUUAAGGAAUAUUCAACCAACCUCUGAACAUUGGGAUGAGUGGCCUCUGUGCCUCUCCUAGUGGGAGGUGCAUUUAUUGUGAGUGUAUCUCACUCUGAGCCACUUGGCCCGUUUAUUUAUUUCUUGAUUGAGGUUGACACGAUGAGAGAGCACAAUACGGAGCCGGACACACAGAGGAGACAAGAGGAGGGGGUGUUUUAUGAGUAUGUGUUCUACAUUUGUCUGUGAAUUUGUUCCUUUUAUUUCCAGUGACAUUUUUUUAUGUUUUAUGUUUGAGUUUUUUGUUGUUGCUUUGUCCUCUGCUCUUACCUGUGUUGUCGCUGCCAGAGGCCCUUGUUCUUUUCCCCUUAAUGUUACAUUUACUAUUGCAUUGUAACUAUUAUUGUGUUGUAAUUUUAUUUUUUAUCUUAGGUUUGGCAACUUCAGAGGCAUGAUGUGCACUAUAAAAACAUUUUCUAUGUGUCAAAAGUAUACUUAAAAGCAUAUGCAUAUAGAUGCAAAACAAUGUGUAUAUUUAAGUGUAUGUACAAUUAUUGUGAAGUAUGAAUGUUUGAAAAUAUAAAUGGGAUAUUUUUGUCAAUGAAGAAACAGAGGUGCAGUUGUUGAGGCUGGUUUUAAAAUUGAUAUUUUUCUAAAAGAACAAAGAUUUAUAAAAAAACUAUAAUACUUAACCAUUCCCUCAAUAUGACGCACAUUAUCACUGCCUGUGCUCAUAUGUUUUACAUAUAAAGCACAUUAUUCAGGAUAACUAUAUCUAACAUGUGAUGCUGCAUGUAUUGCAGUUUGUCAAUAUGAUGAGAUUAUUGAGGUGGUGCUAUUGCCUUUUGCUUUUACAUUUGCCUGUUUGUUUGUUUUUCUCUGAGGUCAGUCCCAAUGCCUAUGCCGCCAAAGCUUAAUGUCACCACUUAGUCCCCUACGGACCCAAAAUGAGGAAACUAGUAUGAAUUGAAUGUCAAAAUACAUAUUAAAGUAUUAAUGAUGCAAAUAAUUUUUUAUUGAAUGUUUUUGUUGAGAACAGUCUGUUAGUCCAGUGUGCAUUCCUGUUCAAUAAAGUAGUUAUCGUGUGAUUCAAA